CCCGCCGCGCCUCCUCCGGGCGGGAUAAUUGAACGCGGCGCGCAGGAGCCUCGCGUUGGCUGCCCAGGCCAAGCCAGAGCGUGCAGCCCCUGCCCGCCGUGCCUUUGUCCGCCGCUCGAGCCCGCCGGCCCCAUGGAGCGUCCCGCGCUGUCUCACCCGGUCCCGCUGCCGCUGCUGCUGCUCAGCAGCUUCUCACUGCUGGCGGCCCGAGUGACUGCUGAUGUCUCCAUGGAGACUUGCUGUACAGAGGGAAAUCAAAUGGCUAACCAGCACAAGGACUGCUCGCUGCCAUACACCUCAGAAUCCAAGGAGUGCAGGAUGGUCCAGGAACAGUGUUGUCACAACCAACUGGAGGAGCUGCACUGUGCCACGGGCAUCAACCUGGCCAGCGAGCCGGAUGGCUGUGCCACGCUGCACAACUACAACAGUAGCCUUGAGACCAUGUUCAUAAAGAGAUGCUGCCACUGUUGCAUGCUGGGAAGGGCGGCCCAGGCCCGGAGCCAGACCUGUGAGCCCAAUCUCAUGAUAAGCUACCAGUGUGGGCUGGUAUUCCGUGCCUGCUGCGUGAAGGGCCAAGAGAGUUCAGACUUCCCCCGUGGUGACGGUGGGGACCUUCAGGACCCAGCUAAGAUCCCUGAUGACGAGGAACAAGAAGACCCAUACCUGAAUGACCGCUGUCGAGGUGGCGGACCUUGCAAGCAGCAGUGCCGGGACACCGGGGACGAGGUGGUCUGUUCUUGCUUUGUGGGUUACCAGCUGCAGUCGGAUGGUGUCUCCUGUGAAGAUAUCAAUGAAUGCAUCACAGGCAGCCAUAACUGCCGGCUGGGAGAAUCCUGCAUCAAUACAGUGGGCUCUUUCCGCUGCCAGCGGGACAGCAGCUGUGGGACUGGCUAUGAGCUCACAGAGGAUAAUAAUUGCAAAGAUAUUGACGAGUGUGAGAGUGGUAUUCAUAACUGCCCCCCCGAUUUUAUCUGUCAGAAUACUCUGGGAUCCUUCCGUUGCAGACCCAAGCUGCAGUGCAAGAGCGGCUUUAUACAAGAUGCUCUAGGCAACUGCAUUGAUAUCAAUGAGUGUUUAAGUAUCAGUGCCCCAUGCCCUGUGGGGCAGACAUGCAUCAAUACAGAGGGCUCGUACACAUGCCAGAAGAAUGUGCCCAACUGUGGACGUGGUUAUCAUCUCAACGAAGAGGGAACUCGCUGUGUUGAUGUGGAUGAGUGCUCACCACCAGCGGAGCCCUGUGGGAAAGGACACCACUGCUUGAACUCCCCUGGCAGUUUCCGCUGCGAGUGCAAGGCUGGCUACUAUUUUGAUGGCAUCAGCAGGACCUGUGUGGACAUCAAUGAGUGCCAGCGCUAUCCUGGGCGCCUGUGCGGCCACAAGUGUGAGAACACGCCAGGCUCUUACCAUUGCAGCUGCUCAGCGGGCUUCCGGCUGUCUGUGGAUGGCCGGUCGUGUGAAGAUGUGAAUGAGUGCCUCCACAGCCCCUGCAGCCAGGAAUGUGCUAACGUCUACGGUUCCUACCAGUGUUAUUGCCGCCGAGGCUACCAGCUCAGUGAUGUGGACGGGGUCACUUGUGAAGAUAUUGAUGAGUGUGCCCUGCCCACUGGGGGUCACAUCUGCUCGUACCGCUGCAUCAACGUCCCUGGAAGUUUCCAGUGCAGCUGCCCCUCAUCUGGCUACAGGCUAGCCCCCAAUGGUCGCAACUGCCAAGACAUUGAUGAAUGUGUGACUGGUAUCCACAACUGCUCCAUCAAUGAGACUUGCUUCAACAUCCAGGGCAGCUUCCGCUGUCUGUCCUUUGAAUGCCCGGAGAACUAUCGCCGCUCCGCAGACACUUUCCGCCAAGAGAAAACAGACACUGUCCGCUGCAUCAAGUCCUGCCGUCCCACUGACGAGGCUUGUAUACGAGACCCCGUGCACACCGUCUCCCACACGGUCAUCUCACUGCCCACCUUCCGAGAGUUCAGCCGUCCUGAGGAGAUCGUCUUUCUGAGGGCUGUCACGCCACUGUACCCUGCCAACCAGGCCGACAUCAUUUUUGACAUCACAGAAGGGAACUUUCGGGAUUCCUUUGAUAUCGUCAAACGCUAUGAGGACAGCAUGACUGUGGGUGUCGUGCGCCAAGUGCGGCCCAUCGUGGGCCCAUUUUAUGCCGUCCUGAGGCUGGAGAUGAACUAUGUGUUGGGGGGCGUGGUCUCCCACCGGAACGUCGUCAACGUGCACAUCUUCGUCUCCGAGUACUGGUUCUGAAGGGCUGGUUUGCAGCACAGCCAGGGGUGCACCCCUCCCCCUGGCCAAGUCCUUGUGCCAGUGACUGCCAGGUGCCUGUCUAUAUCCCUCAGGCAUCUCUUGAUGUUUCAUAUUGAUUUGUAAGACCACGUGAAUUAAGCUGAGCCACAUCAGUACGUCCAGCUGAUAUACUAUGGUGUUUAAACAUUAAGUCCAACUGCUCAGCUCUGUGGUUGAAUCCUUGCUUUUUUUUUUUUUUUAAUGCAAAGGCUGAAUCUUGUUCCUUUUCCCUGCGUGUGGGCCAGGCCUUGUUAAGGACCAAGGAAAGGGUUUGAAAGCCUCAGUCCAUCUGAAAGCUAAAAGGUGGCCAGUUCUCACCAAGACUGAAUGAGGGUUGACAUUUGGUACUUUUUUUUUUUUUUAAUCAAUCAGGCUCUGUGUGUUUCCAGUUGAUGGCUGCUGUAGAGGGACACAGAAAUAAAUGUACAAUAAAUUCUCCCCAGAAGCAGCUGACAGCCUGCCUGGGGGCACUUAAGAGGUGGAUUGCAGUUUUGUUCAAAGAAGGAAGACCCCCUUGGUAAAGACAUGAGCCUCAGGGUUUGUGUGUGGCCUGGUGUGUGUCCUUGAGGGUGGCUGGUGUGUCCCAGUGUGUUUGUGGGGGUGUCUGGUGUGGCCUUGUGUGUCUAUGGGGGUUGCUGGUG